AUGAGCGAUCCCCUGGAAAUAGAACUCCAUAAAAGAGAACUUAUUUAUUCACAAGCUGCAUAUCAAGAAGACUUAAAUAAAAAAAUUAUCUUGAAAAAACUAGAAGAAGACCAUAAGAAUAUUAUGACCAAAGAAGACUCUCAAUUAUUUGAAUAUUACUUAAAGGUAAAUGUGGUAAAAUCUAGCAUAUUAACAAUUCCAGCUGGUGUAGCAAUCUUACUAUUAAAGAAACGACUCUUAAAUUAUUCAAUGAUUCAGCGAAGCUUUAUUUUUUUAUCAAUUGGAUCCAUUCCUUUAUUUUAUUAUCAAUUUUGAUUUCCGCCAAGAGGUUUCAGAGAAUUGAGUGAAUUUUAUUAUUAUAAGUAUUUUGAAAAAGUCUCUGAGAAGCUGGCCCAGCAAGAUAAAGAAAAUAAAGAUACAAAAUCUGUAAGUAAGGUAACUAGCUCUUAA